AUGGCUGCUGCAGUGGAGGAAGCCCUGAAAAAAGCCGCGCUGGCAGAGGCCGAGAACGCCGUCAAAGCACGAGAGGCCACCCUCGCCCAUGUGGGCUAUCCCAACUUUGGGAAGUCGGACCAUGAAAAGCUGGAGCCAGACGACUGGAGGCACACGGAUCGAAGAGAUGACAUAACUUCUGCAGAGCUGCAGCUUGCAAAGCGCUGUCAUGGGGCGCAUAUUGAGACGCUUUCACAGGAGGUGACGGCCGUGGGAUCGCAUUAUUUGCUCAUCCACUACGAUGUGCCCUACCUGAAUGCAGAGACCUUCAGACUAAAAGUCUGUGGCCUGGUGGAGAAGGAGCUGUCCUUGUCCUUGCCGGAAAUUCGGAGCCGGCCGAGUACAACUCAGGCCGUGCUGAUGGCCUGUGCAGGUACCGGGCGCAUGUCGCAGAAGCACCGGUUCUGGACCCACGUGCCCUGGGGCGUGGACUCUUUCGGCUGUGCGGAAUGGACAGGUUGCAGUCUAGCUGAUCUGCUCAAGGAAGCGGGCCUGAAACCCGGAGCAAAGCAGGUCAUCUUCACCGGUGCAGACAAGGGUGUCGAGGGCGGCAAGGUGCAGCAUUUCCAACGCUCCCUCUCUGUAGAUGACGCCUUGCUGGGCCAUGUCAUGCUGGUCUAUCGCAUGAACGGUGAAGACUUGAAGCCUGCGCAUGGGGCGCCCUUGCGCAUCAUUGUUCCGGGCUGGUAUGGUAUGGCCUCGGUCAAAUGGCUGACGAGUAUCGAAAUCACAGAGGGCGGAUGGUGGGGACACCAGAUGGAGGCCUAUUCCUUCCGGCGAGCGGCCGAUGAUCCCGGCCGGGUGCCCCUCACACAGCUGCCGGUGCGUGCGCUGAUGGCCCCACCAGGCUUUCCUGACUUCUUCUCGCGAGCGCGGGUGGUCGCUCCGGGCACGCAUCGGGUCGUGGGGAAGGUCUGGGCUGGUGCAGUCGAAAUCGACCGUGUGGAGUUCUCCGCUGACCAUGGGAAGACGUGGGCCAAAGCCACUUUGGAGAGGAAGACCGGCUUGUUUGGGUGGGCUACGUGGCACUAUGAUUGGGUAACUCCUGCAGAGGGCACCUGCAUCUUGAAGUGCCGCGGCUUCGAUGCCAAGGGACGGAGCCAGGACGAGCCUGGCGACGAUGAUUUCAACUGGACGGGCAUGGGGGACACGCAGCCCCAGAUGGUGUAUGUCCGCAUCGAUCCUGCUGCAGAGACGACGGGUUCCCAGAUCAACCUUAUUCCAGAGACCCGGGCUUCGAAAAGCGCCCUGAACGUUGCCACGGCAGACGGGGCACCGCUGGAGGCCGAAUUGGUUGAUGCCUUGUACAGAUCACCAGGCAGCCAGUGA